AUGUCGGACGAUGAUCGGGAUAGUGAACAGUCCUCUCUGGACGAGGUGAGCAAGCGGUUUGUGCCCGUCCGCUGCGUGGAGGACUUUCAAACGUUGGUUAUGACCGAAGAAGAGUCACUCUGUGCCCUCGUUGUGACGUCGUUUUUAUGCCCCUUUAGCGCCAAAGUUUUGCCUGUCGUAAAGGAGAAAAUUAUUAUCUCCGAACUGCCACAAACCCGUCGCGUGCGCUACUUUCAUGUGGCGUUACUCCCUGAAGAAAAGACUGACAUAACCGCCUUGCUUCAAAAAGACCCUGUCUUCCUUGCGACCAAUCGACCACCCACAGAGCUGCAAAAGAAACAGCUUCAUAAGCAGGCGUAUGAUGAUUUGAUGGAGCUUUUAACGUUUCUUGAAAUUUGCAGCACUCCAUGUAUGCUGUUUUUUGUACAGGGCAAAUGUGUGCGAAUUUCAGACGUUUCGGACGCUCCGCGAGUUAUUGCGACGGGAAGUUCCGUUAGAAAAUGGGAGGCAGUCCUUCAAAACGCGGUGGUGCGGCGAAACGAAUUGUUGCAGGAGUACGAUGCUGAAAAGAAACGGGAAAAGCGACGGAUCGAGAGGGAACGACGCCGGGAAGCGCGACGGCGAGCAAAGGCCGAAGAAGCAGAAGAAGAUGAGGAGGAAGAGGACUGA